AUGUUAUUAAAAAUAGUAGUCGCACUUAUUGCUUAUUACGAGCGUUUAUUACUUAAUAUUAUUUACUGCUUAAUAUUAUUUCUUCCUCUCCUGUUCGUGUUAAGGAAGCUAUCCUUCUAUCUAUCUCUCCCCCCUCUCUCUCUCUCCCCCCUCUCUCUCUCUCUCUCCCCUCUCUCUCCCUCGCUCUGUCUUUCUCUCAGUCUCUCUCAACCCACUCUCUCUUUCUCUCUCUCUCUCUCUCUCUCUCUCUUUAUCCCACAAGACUCAUGUGCCAAUUUCGUCUUUUAUAGCAGAGCCUCCCUCCCUCUUCCCCCUCUUCCCCCUCUUCCUCCUCCAGUAUUACCGCUGACUCCGGCGCCGGCGCCGCCUCGGCCUUUGCCGCCAAAAAUGAACCCCGGAAAUUACGACGUGCCAAAAACGGUCGCCAUUUUCUCUCCAUUAAGAGUCAAUUAUGUCUCAUUAGCCUCUCUCUCUCUCUCUCUCUCUCUCAACAAAUUCCGUCGCUAUACAUUACUUCAUCUCCGCUCCCCUCUUUCUAUAACUCUCACAUUUCUCUUUCCUUCUUUCCUCUCCUCACACUUAUCCUUGCUUCUCUCUUUCUAUAACUCUCACAUUUCUCUUUCCUUCUUUCCUCUCCUCACACUUAUCCUUGCUUCUCUCUUUCUAUAA